CAAGUAUUUGGAUAGACGUACUUUUUGGGUAUAUCAAUUAGCAUCGUCAAUUUCACCAUCAAUCCAACUUCGCUCUGCUGAUCAAACCCUAACUUCAAGCUCCUCGCCUGAACGGUACGCAAAUCACUAGCAAAGAGCUGCUCCACAGAACAUGGCUGUUGAACUUUGAUGACGACUUUCAGAUACUUUUUCAUUUUGUAUGUUAUUGUUAUGGGUUGGAAUCUGAAGUAUAUGGUGAAAAAAUGGUAAUUUUGUAGCGCAAUUGGCAAGAGUUCUUCUGGAAUUGUGAACAGCUGACUGGAUAAUGGAGAGUCUAGGAAUAAUGAUAGGGACAAAAGGCGUAAUCAAGAAGCAUGAAUUUGUAAGAAUUAUCAUUCAAUGUUUAUAUUCCUUAGGCUAUGAGAAGUCUGCUGCUUGUUUAGAAACUGAGUCCAACAUUUCAUGCAAAUCACGGGAAUUUGAGUCCCUCGAAUCACAUGUUCUCAGUGCAAGUUGGGAUGAUUGCAUUGAGACUCUUAAUAGAAUCAAUGGCAUGAAUGAUGAAACUAGAGCUUCUGCAUUAUUCCUUGUUCUUGAGCAGUUCUUGUUUGAAUGUUUGAAUUGUGGGGACAAUUCUUUGGCUUUGGAAAUAUUACAGAAACGGAUUGCUUGUUUGAAGGUGGAUAAAGAAAAGAUUCACAAGUGUGCAUUUGAGAUGCUUUUUCUGAAGCAACGUGGAAGGGGUAGUGUUGACUGCAAUGUGAUUCAUGAGUUGAGAAAAGGAUUGGUCGUGAAACUGGAAAAAGUUUUGCCUCCACCCAUUUCAUUGCCUGAUCGCAGGCUGGAGCAUUUGGUUGAAACGGCUGUCAGUGCUCAGAUUGAUAAUUGUAUUUACCAUUGUUCUGACAUGGAAUCCCUGUAUGAAGACCACCAUUGUGAUCGAGAUCAGUUUCCUACUGAGACCAUUCAGACUUUAACGAAUCAUAUGAAUGAAGUGUGGUUCGUCCAGUUCUCUAACUAUGGGCAGUAUUUGGCCUCAUCAUCAAGUGAUUGCACGGCCAUCAUAUGGAACGUCCAGGAAGAUAACAAAGUAUCAUUGAAGCACAUAUUACGUAGCCACCAAAACCCUGUUUCCUUCGUAGCAUGGAGUCCCAAUGACACUAUGUUGCUAACUUGUGGAAAUAUUGAAGUCCUUAAACUCUGGGAUGUGGAAACUGGCACAUGUAAACAUACAUUCGGCAAUGAUGGUUUCAUUGUCAACUCAUGUGCUUGGUUCCCCGAUUCUAAGCGUAUUGUCUGUGGCAGCUCAGUUCCCAAAAAUGGCAUUUAUAUGUGGGACUGUGACGGUAAUGAGAUCAAGGCGUGGAAAGGAGUGCGGAUGCCCAAGGUAUUGGAUAUCGCUGUGACAGCAGAUGGAGAAAGACUCAUCAGCAUACUUUCUGACAAAGAAAUAAGAAUAUUAAAUGUGGCAACAAAUGCUGAGCGUGUUAUUUCUGAGAACCACUCGAUCACAUCCCUUUCAACAUCGAGGGAUAGUAAAUUCCUAAUUGUCAACCUUAACAGCCAAGAGAUUCAUGUCUGGGAUAUUUCUGGAAAUGGGUCAGAACCAUUUCAGUACAGGGGCCACAAGCAACAGAAAUAUGUGAUACGGUCUUGCUUUGGUGGCUUUAACAGCCUGUUUAUCGCCAGUGGAAGUGAAGAUUCCAAGGUAUACAUAUGGAAUCGACGAUAUUCCUCUCCAAUUGAGGUGUUGUCGGGGCACUUGAACACGGUAAACUGUGUUAGCUGGAACCCUAGAAAGCCUCAGAUGUUAGCUUCAGCAAGUGAUGAUCAAACAAUUCGUAUAUGGGGACCUAGUAGUAUGUUCCAUUAGGACAGCAAUGUAUAUAACAGCUCUAGUACCUUACCUGCAUUAUUUCAUUUGUAAUUUCUCUGUAAGUAAGCAGGCUGCUUAUGAUUUGUCAUUAAAAUUUUGGCGCGAAUCUGGGCUGUAAAUUGUUUUUCCAGACCUCAUUUCAAUCUAUUAUUAUUAUUAUAGUCUCGCA